AAACUUUAUAACAAAAACUUAAAACCUUAUCUUUGGUCCGGACUCAUGUUUAUGGGCUAAUUUCGCAUACACCGACCGAAUUCACCACUUCCUUCGUCAAACAUAGUAUCAUCCUUUCGCACUUGUCAAUGGUUCGCAAACGAUUUCAAGAAGCCAAAACAGGGCUACUAUUCGCCAAAUCGUUCGAUUCCGAUAAGUUUUUGAAGAAGAUUGGUUUAGGAAAGGAAGACCAUCACUUCUGGAAGCAAGUGGGCAAAGCUUUGCUAUGCACGUACACUCUGUUCGGUGUUGCGUGGCUCUACAACGAAACAUCGCCAUUGGGUUGGUGGACACUGAAGCCAAAGCCCAAGGAGGAGAGAGAGUUGGCCCACCUGUACGAGCAGCGGAAGUUUCCAUACCCUGGCGACGAGGAGGCAAUGAAGGAGUUUGUUGCCAAGGGUGGCAUGAUCGGCACGACAAUUGGUCCAAAAGGUGUCAUCGAAUCGGAUAAAGACUCGUACAAUUAUCAGAAGGAGUUGCAGGACAAGAAGUUCGAGCAAGAAGCUCUGAAGCUGUGGAUUAGGAUGAGAAAUGAAGUCCUUUCGGAGCUGCAAGAGAAAGGGUUUGAUGUUGAGUAAACAAGUUAGAAGCAUCUUUGUAUGAAUGUUAUGUCAUGGUUUUUGAGUCUCAAGUGUUGGAAGGAGUAUAACUGGUAUUUGGUUGAUCCAAGGUGUGGCCUUACAUUUUUGUUCUUUGUGUUUGAUUGUUAAUUCUAUUCAUUUUGGUUUUAUCUAUGUUGGCAAGUGGUUCAAAAUCCAUGAAUGCUUCUUGUUA